AUGAUAUUUACUGACAAAUGCUUCCUUCUCAUUACACCUUCGUCAAGAGAUACAGAAUCUGCAAGCCCAGCUGGCAGCCCAGCGACAAAAAUUUUUGAUGCAUUUGAGUUGAUCGUUAAACCGAACCGCAAGUCUUCGUUCAUAUGGCUCGCGAACCCGAACACUGAGACUCUCGCCGAUCUGAUGUCCGUUAUCUUUGCAAAAUAUCCGGCCCUGGAACAGCUAAGUGUCGCCUUCAAUUUCGUAACGGAAGAUGAUGAUGCUUAUAGUCCCCGGAGCGAUGCUACAUUUCAGGAGAUGCUACGGCAGUUAGUGGCAGCAGACAAACGGAAAAUCACAGUAUCGCUGGAAACACCAUCAAAACUCUUCAGCGACUGGGAACUCAAAGAUGUAUGCCGGCUAUUUGCAAUUACUGAGGAUAUGGAUCCUGGUUUGGAUUCAUUCCCUGAUUUCAAAUGCAAUCACGCAAAUAUCAACAGCGAAACAGAGCAGAUGGCGCUUUCAAACCUUCUGGUCGAGCUGAAACAACGUCUCCGAUUUUUAUCCCUUGGCCGAACGACCAGGUCGAUUUAUGUUUUCUCUUACUUAAUUGCUGCAGUGAGCCUUUUCGAGGACAAUUUCGAAAUUUGGCCAGAAAAAUUUAUUGAGGGUAUCAAUGGAAGGGGCCCUGUCGAUUUCGCAAUAGAUGCACGUGAUGGGCAGACAGUGGGUGUUACAGAAGUCAAAAGAGAAGACUUCGAGAAGGGCGUCGCUCAGAACGCUACCAGCCGAAAGCGCAAAGCCAGCAAAGUAAAUACCGUCUCCAGAUGUUUCGGCAUAGUCACCGACGCGGAGAAAUGGUACUUCCUUGAAUGUACGCUGAAUGAUGGAGAAACGCCUGCGUUCAAGCUGUCGCAACCAGUUGUCGUUGAUUAUACUGAUGUUUCUAUGAAGGAAAAGGCAGGCAAAGUUCUCAGCCAUAUUAUCUGGUUGCUGUCGCAAACACAGAACGAAACAUCUGCGCUGAGUGGUCCAAGCAAAAAAGCAAUGAAACGAUAA